GACAGUAAAAUUGAAACCCAGGCGGAAGAGAAACAGCACUGACAGACAAAGCCAUGCGACCCAAUUUGUAUAUGAGAAAAUACGCAUUUCAAGAACCAAAAUGGCAUCAAGCUUUCACAGUUACUCAUUGACCAGAGUCUCUGUUCAUGCUAGUCGGCGCCGCUCAUAGUAACUUCCUCCAAACAUAACACAUCUGAUUUUUAUUUACAUGGUUUUAACGUCAUAACAAUGGAUCUUCCGUGCCUUGAAUGGCAUGAGCACGUUGAACAGAAAUGGAAACGGCUGUCCAUUGACCAAAAGAAGGCUUUCUCCACUCUGUCAGAAGUAGAUGCCAUAUUCGCCUUUGGACAGUCACUGCUGAACUGUAGAGACUUGCAGGUCCUGUGUGGUCUCUCAGAAGGCUUCCAGGUGCAAAAGAAUCCGCAGAGCGCUGGCACAUUCAGAGAGCGGGGAAACUUGAGCUUCAAGGCACGGGACUACGCUGCAGCUGUUUCGCAUUAUUCCAAGGGUGUGUGCCAUGCUGCACAGGGUGGAGAGGAGUUAUCACUCUGUUUGGCCAACCGUUCUGCUGCCCUCUUUCACCUCUCCCUCUACCAGGAGUGUCUUCAGGAUAUCAGUCGGGCACUUGGCCAGGGCUACCCCAGUCACUUACAGCAGAAAUUGCUGGACAGGAAGGCCCAGUGCCUGAAACGCCUGGGGCAAAGAGCUCAGGACAAGGAGCACGACAUCGAUAGCAAUGUCAAAUCCAUUAGCACUGAGCAACGGCUGCCACAGGCUUAUGGGCCUGGGAUGGUCUCUUGUGCAUCCCCUGCAGUGUCUCUCCAGUUCAGCCCCAGCAAAGGGCGCCACCUGUUGGCCGCAGAGGAUAUAGCGGCUGGCGAUGUGGUGCUGGAGGAGAGGGCGUUUAGCUGCGUCCUGAUUCCUGGUGGCUCUCCCGUCGCCAGGCCAGAGAAGGACAGAUACAUGGAGGUGAGGGAUGGAGGGAUUAACACGGAGGAUCAGCACUGCCACCACUGUCUGCGCCACACUUUGAGCCCUGUGCCCUGCCAGGGCUGCAGCUAUGCCCGGUACUGUGGGGAGCGAUGCCAGCGGGAUGCUUGGGAAGGGCACCACCGCUGGGAGUGCCCGGUUGGAGGGGAACUGAGGGCUGCUGGUGUCCUGGCUCACCUAGCACUGAGGGUGGCCUUGAGGGCGGGACUGGAGGAAGUCCAGAAGGCCAGGGGCAAUGGAGCCCACCCAAGCCCUGUUCCAGUUCUAGAGCCAGCCAAUGAAAAUGUCAGCAAGAAGGAAGUCGAGAAAGAAAAGGGCAAUGAGGAGGUUACCCACGGCAACGAGAUGUCGAACAUACCAGAGGUUUUACAGCUGGGGAUGGGUACUAGUGGAGGUCCUGAGUCUUGUAACGGCACCCUAAUUCAGGGCUGUGACCCGACUGGCCGUUACCAGGGCAACUCCUACCUUUGCAUCCAUCACCUGCUCCCGCACCUGUCCGGGCACGAGCCGGGCCUGCGCUUUCUGUGCGCGGUCACCAUGGCGACCCUGUGCCUGAGACUUCAGGAGGUGGGACCGCUUCCUGCAGCGUGGGGGAGAGGGACUCUCCUGGGCGAUGAGCGGGGCAGCCAAUCGCAGAGCCCGGAGGAGAGCGGGGGCGGGACUCCAGAGCUGAGCAUGCUGGGAGCGACCGCACUGAGACACAUGCUACAGCUGAGGUGCAACGCCCAGGCAGUGACCAUGCUUAAAGAUAAAGGUUCGCCGGGCUCAGCGGUGCAGUCCAUCCAGGAAGUGCGCGUUGCCACGGCGAUCUUCCCCACCCUCAGCAUGCUGAACCACUCCUGCAGUCCCAACACCGGCGUCUCGUUCGGGGCGGACCCAGCCCCCGGCCGCGGCGUCGCCGUCACGCUCCGCGCCACUGGAGCGGUCGGCGCCGGGCAGGAGCUGCUGCACUGCUAUGGCCCUCACUAUACCAGGAUGCCCGUGAGAGAGCGGCAGAGACUCCUGCAGGAGCAGUACUUCUUUCUGUGUCAGUGCACUGCCUGCUGCCAGGAACUAGGGUCAGAGGUCAAAGUUCAGGGUGCAGCCGCCACCCCAGAACUCCAUUGCGUGCAGUGUGGAUCCGCCCUGCAGGGUGGAGAGGAUGGAUACGUCUGCUCCCGGUCCUCCUGUGACUUCCAGCUGUCCCAGGCUGACCUGGCCCACAGACUGCAGGGCCUGCGGGCGGAACUGGACCAGGCAGAGCGGCUCAUUGAGAGGGACAGGCCAGAUGACGCACUCAGGAGGCUGCAGGCAGCCAGCGGUCAAGCCAGCCGCUUCCUGCCAGAGACCCACCCACUGCGGGGAGAGCUGGCCGACACGUCGGCGCGGGCGCACGCCGCCACGGGUGACUGGCGCCAAGCGGCAGCUCAGCUGAGACGCAGCGUGGCGGCCGUGCGCGCCCAGUACGGGCGCGAGAGCGUGGAACUGGGGCGCCAGCUCUUCAAACUGGCGCAGCUGCACUUCAACGGUGGGGAGCCCCAGCCAGCCCUCUCUGUCAUUCCCAAGGCUCGGCGCCUCCUCUCCCUGCACUGCAGUCCCUCCUGUGAGGAGCUGGAGGAGCUGCAGGCCAUGGAGGACUGCCUGCAGGGGGUGCUGUGAUCAAGAGAUGGACCUUGCAGAAAACGGCAAGGCAGAUAUGCCACUGACACCAGAGCAUCUCACACUGGAGGGAAUAAUGACUGUCAGAGCAGCGGUGUAAUAACAACCACUGACUCUAGCAUUCAGCUUUACAAAAAAUAAACUUUAUAUCAUGCAUUUAUAUCAUCUAAUGUGGCCUGACAAUACUCUUUGUUUUGCAGCAUGGCUGUUGUAUGUUCUGCAUUGUGUAUAGUCUGAUGAUAAAAUAUGUUCUGUUAAUA